CUUGAAGAAACAGCUUUAAAUGAAAUUGAUCAACUUAUCAGAAGUUUGGAUGAACCAAUUAAUAAUUCAAUUCCUAUCUUAGAAGAAGAAUUAAACGAACAAAAUCCACUUGAAAAACUUAAUGAUAUUUUGGAAAAACUUCCUACUCAUGCCAA